AUGUCUUCUGAAUGUGAUGCUUUCAGGAACCCGCCUGUUGUGGGAGUGGCUUUUGCUUUGGUUUUAACCGUUGGAAUUGCUAUCUCAUAUAUUCCACAACACCUCAAAAUCCUCCACAGACGUUCCAGUGAAGGGCUAUCCCCGUUGUUUCUAUUAUUGGGGACAUCUUCCGGUAUAUCUGCGUUCGCAAACUUGAUAUUGAUAUCCUCUAAAUCCGUGUAUUGCUGCUCUAAUGGUGGUCUCACACGAUUCGAGUGUCUUAAUGGACAAUUAGGACUUCUUCAGGUGGGAACCCAGGCAAUGUUCGCUGCGGCAAUACUUGUACUAUGUGUUUUCUUCACCAGAGGCUCCUUACUUCAGGAUAAACACGAAUAUGCAAAAAUUUACAAAAUAUAUUUAUUUUGCAUUUGGUACACCGUUGGCCACGGUGUCAUUAUUCUCUAUGUUUUGUUUUCCAAUAGACCCAUCUUAUACGGGGUGGCAGAUUGUUUUGGGAUAUUGGCAACGGCAUUGGCAUCGUUUCAGUAUUUCCCACAAAUUUAUACCAUCUACAAAUUGAAGCACCCGGGAUCAUUGUCAAUUUCCAUGAUGUGUAUGCAAACCCCAGGAGGUUUUAUCUGGAGUGCCAGCUUGUUCAUGAGUCCCAGCGCCGUUUGGAGCAGUUGGUUGCCAUAUUUCACCGCAGCAUUAUUGCAAGGAAUCUUGUUGACAAUGUGUGUGUAUUAUAGCAGAAAGUUCCCAGAGAAGUUAGAUGAGGAAAGAAGGGAAAUUGAUGAGGCUAACGAGCGUCGCGGAGAACAGGAACCAUUAUUAGAACCAUAA